AUGAGACACCGAAGAAAUGGCAAUUUUGAGAGUUCCAGGCUCCUCUACUCCAGCAUGUCCCGCAGCAUAGACGUGGCUUGCAGCGAUGCUGAUUUGGCCAACUUCAUCCAGGAAAACUUUAAGAAGAGAGAAUGUGUCUUUUUUACAAAAGACACCAAGUCCAUGGGUAACUUAUGUAAAUGUGGAUACCCUGAGAAUCAGCACAUAGAGGGCACCCAGGUUAACACCACUGAGAAAUGGAACUACAAGAAGCACACCAAGGAGCUUCCUACUGAUGCCUUCGGGGACAUUCAGUUUGAAAACUUGGGAAAAAGAGGAAAGUACAUCCGCCUGUCAUGUGACACAGACUCGGAGACCCUCUACGACCUCAUGACCCAGCACUGGCACCUGAAGACCCCCAACCUCGUCAUCUCCGUCACCGGCGGCGCCAAGAACUUCGCGCUCAAGCCCCGCAUGCGCAAGAUCUUCAGCAGGCUGAUCUACAUCGCCCAGUCCAAGGGAGCCUGGAUUUUCACCGGGGGCACGCACUACGGGCUGAUGAAGUACAUUGGGGAGGUGGUCAGGGACAACACCAUCAGCCGCAGCUCCGAGGAGAACGUGGUGGCCAUCGGCAUCGCCGCCUGGGGCAUGAUCUCCAACCGGGAAUCGCUGAUCCGCACGGCCGACAGCGACGGGAGCUACCUGGCCCACUACAUCAUGGAUGACCUGAAGAGAGACCCCCUGUACUGCCUGGACAACAACCACACCCAUCUCCUGCUGGUUGACAAUGGCACCCACGGGCACCCCACCACAGAGGCCAAAGUGAGGACCCAGCUGGAGAAGUACAUUUCAGAGAGGGUUAUCCCAGAGUCUAAUUAUGGUGGGAAGAUCCCAAUUGUGUGCUUUGCUCAAGGUGGUGGGAAGGAAACUUUAAAAUCCAUCAACGUGGCCAUCAAGAGCAAGAUCCCCUGUGUGGUGGUGGAGGGCUCGGGGCGCAUUGCUGAUGUCAUUGCCAGCCUGCUGGAGGCUGAAGGCACUCUGGCCUCCUCCUGUGUCAAGGAGAGCUUGCUCAGGUUCCUGCCCCGCACCAUCUCCAGGCUCUCAGAAGAGGAGACUGAGAGCUGGAUCAAGUGGAUCAAAGAAGUCCUUGAGAGCCCUCAUUUACUGACAGUGAUCAAAAUAGAAGAAGCUGGAGAUGAAAUUGUGAGCAAUGCCAUUUCCUUUGCCCUGUACAAAGCUUUCAGCACCAACGAGCACGACAGGGACAACUGGAAUGGGCAGCUGAAGCUGCUGCUGGAGUGGAACCAGCUGGACCUGGCCAGCGACGAGAUCUUCACCAACGACCGAAACUGGGAGUCUGCUGACCUGCAGGAUGUGAUGUUCACAGCCCUGGUGAAAGACAGGCCCAAGUUUGUCCGGCUCUUCCUGGAGAACGGCUUGGAUCUGCGCAAGUUCCUGACCACAGAGGUCCUGAGGGAGCUCUACACCAACAACUUCAGCAGCCUGGUGUUCAAGAACCUGCAGAUUGCCAAGAACUCCUACAAUGAUGCCCUCCUCACCUUCGUGUGGAAGAUGGUGGAGGAUUUCCGGCGAGGUUUCAAAAGAUAUUACAAGAGCAGCAAGGAUGAGAUGGAGAUACAGCUCUCAUGCCCUAUCACAAGGCACCCAUUGCAAGCUCUGUUUAUUUGGUCAGUUCUUCAGAACAAGAAGGAGUUGUCCAAAGUCAUUUGGGAGCAAACCAGAGGCUGCACUUUGGCAGCCCUGGGGGCCAGUAAGCUCCUGAAAAGCAUGGCCAAGGUGAAGAAUGAUAUAAAUGCUGCUGGUGAGUCAGAGGAACUGGCUAACGAGUAUGAGACAAGAGCAGUAGAGCUGUUCACUGAGUGCUACAGCAACGAUGAAGAACUGGCUGAGCAGCUGCUGACUUAUUCCUGUGAAGCCUGGGGAGGGAGCAACUGUCUGGAGCUGGCAGUGGAGGCCAGAGACCAGCAGUUUAUUGCCCAGCCAGGUGUGCAGAAUUUCCUCUCCAAGCAGUGGUAUGGAGAGAUUUCAAGAGACACUAAGAACUGGAAGAUUAUACUGUGCCUGUUCUUUUUCCCUUUAAUAGGCUGUGGUUUCAUCUCAUUCAGGAAAAAGCCUGUGGAGAAGAGUAAGAAACUCUUCUUAUAUUAUGUGUCUUUCUUCACCUCCCCCUUUGUGGUCUUCUCCUGGAACGUCAUCUUCUACAUUGCUUUCCUGUUGCUCUUUGCCUACGUGUUGCUGAUGGAUUUCCAGAAGGAACCCACGGCCCUGGAGAUCAUCCUCUACGUGCUGGUCUUCAUUCUGCUUUGUGAUGAAGUGAGACAAUGGUACAUGAAUGGCAGCAAGUAUUUCUCAGACCUGUGGAAUGUUAUGGAUACCCUUGCAAUCUUCUACUUCAUAGCAGGGAUUGUGUUCAGGCUUCACUCUGAUGAAAGCUCUUGGUAUUCCGGGAGAGUAAUUUUCUGUUUGGACUACAUAGUUUUUACCCUGAGGCUCAUCCAUAUUUUCACAGUUAGCAGGAAUCUAGGACCCAAAAUUAUUAUGCUGCAGAGGAUGAUGAUAGAUGUCUUCUUCUUCCUCUUCCUCUUUGCUGUGUGGAUGGUGGCCUUUGGUGUGGCCAGACAAGGCAUCCUGAGGAAGAACGAGCACCGCUGGGAGUGGAUCUUCCGCUCGGUCAUCUACGAGCCCUACCUGGCCAUGUUUGGCCAGUACCCUGAUGACAUUGAUGGUACCACCUACAACUUUGACCACUGCACGUUUUCUGGGAACGAGUCCAAGCCCCUGUGUGUGGAGCUGGAUGCCAACAACCAGCCCCGCUUCCCCGAGUGGAUCACCAUUCCCCUGGUGUGCAUUUACAUGCUCUCCACCAACAUCCUCCUGGUCAACCUGCUCGUGGCCAUGUUCGGCUACACAGUUGGGUCAGUGCAGGAGAACAAUGACCAGGUGUGGAAGUUCCAGCGUUUUUUCCUGGUGCAGGAAUACUGCAGUCGCCUGACCAUCCCCUUCCCUUUUGUCAUCUUUGCCUACAUACUCAUGGUGCUGAGGAAAUGCUUCAAGUGCUGCUGUAACAAGGAAAGCAAAGAGCCAUCCAUUUGUUGCUCAAGAAAUGAGGACAAUGAAAUCCUGGCAUGGGAAGCUGUCAUGAAGGAAAAUUAUCUCGUCAAAAUCAAUACAAAAGCAAAUGAUUCCUCAGAAGAGAUGGUGCAUCGAUUUAGACAACUGGAUGCAAAGCUCUCUGAUUUGAAAGGCCUUCUGAAAGAGAUUUCCAGUAAAAUUAAAUGA